AUGUCGCUUGAUAUCUGCGAUGCCUACAUCCAACAGGAAACUGAUAUCGGAAAACUGUACUUUGUAAAUACACACAUCUUGGACGCUGCAAUAACUGGGUGCUUAUCCCUGUAUGAUUUGAAGUUGAUUGCUGCAGUCAUGUCGUGUCCAGUUGCACAGAGACAUUUCGAAACGGAGGAGGAUAAAAAAGAUGAAGACAAGGAUGACCGGGCCGAGGAUCCUGUUGAUGAGAAUCCUGAUGACACGAUCACGGUGUCGCAGAUGUGGCAAGACUUCCUGCACACCCUGACACUACACGGCUUUCGGUUUGUCUUCGAAAGAGGCCCUACAAUUCGCAAGGUGUUAUGGCUUGCUAUUCUGCUGUUCGCCGUAGGGAUGCUGAUGAUGCAGAGCAAGAAAAGCAUACAGAAGUACUUCGACCACCCGAUAACGACGAGUGUGCAGGUCGAGUUUCUGGAAGAGAUCCAGUUUCCCGCAGUCACAAUAUGUAACUUUAACCUGUUUCCGUAUUAUCUUAUAAACGGAACGAUCGGCGAAAAGGUGAUGUCAAUUUUGGCGCCACAGAAAUACAUCGAUAACAAGGAAGAGGUGCUCUUCGCGCGCUCGCCGAUACCGAACUUCCUUAAUUACGCACGAAAACGGCGUAGGUCAACAGGCGGAACCAUAGUAACGGACGACAUGCUGCAGAGCGAGAAAGACUUCGGCGAACUCGAUGAAAAGUUCGAUUUUGCCGAGUUCGUGAGAACGCAUGGUCAUCGCAUCGACCACAUGAUAAAAAAAUGUCGCUGGAAGUCGCAGCCCUGUGGUCCUGAAAACUUUACGGCGGUCAUAACAGAAUUCGGUCUUUGCUAUACCUUCAACUCAGGCAUGAAAGGCCACCCUUUACUCAAGGUGCAGAGAGCAGGUGUAGACUACGCCCUUCGGCUGCAGCUCAGCGUUCAGCAGGAUCAGUAUUAUGGCUCCCUGCGCGAUUCCUCAGGCUUCAAGGUCAUGGUACACGACCAGGAAGAGCCACCACUUAUCAACGAGCUCGGCAUUGCCAUACAACCUGGCACGCACACGUUCUGCGGCUUGAGAAAAGAAGAGAUGCAUAAUCUCCCAGCGCCGUUCAAAACCGCCUGUCGAGACAUGCAGCUAGAAGGCUUCAAGAAAUACACCAAGUCAGCAUGUCUUUUGAAAUGUCGCGCAGACUAUGUGAUGAAAAUGUGCAAGUGUCGCUCUUAUGACCUUAAAGGCCCCGCCCCGCCCUGUCAGCCUAGGGAAGUUAAGAACUGCGUUUGGCCCGCAAUGGAGAUAUUCCGCAAUGAAAGUAUCAACUGCGAGUGUCCAGUCCCUUGUGAGAUCACAAAGUACCAAACGCAAUUAUCUUAUGCCCAGACCCCGGCCAAACACUUCUCCGAGGUGCUGGCAAGAAGGAAACACAUCAAUAAGGAUGUCAUGAGGCACUAUCUCAGGGAUAAUUUCUUAGAGCUCGAUGUUUACUUCGAGGAGAUGCAAGUGACGCUCAUUCAGCAGCGACAAGCAUAUGACCAGGAAAGCUUGUUUGGCGAUAUUGGUGGUCAAGUAGGGUUGUUUCUUGGAGCAAGCAUUCUUACUGUCCUCGAGUUCCUGGACUUGUUAUGGAGAAUACUCAUUCACAAGUUCAAGAAGAGAAAAAACAGAAAAGUAAGGAAUGUAUAGACUUUCGGCCAACUAUACGGGCGACCUACAGACCAUCAUGCCAGUGAUUACCAAGUUCAUAUAAAGGGAGCACGGGAAAUGAGAAUCUUUUGUAAUACUAGGUCUUAAAGCAGACUUUCGCAAAGUUCCCCUCCCUUUAAAUAGGUAUCCUCUGGGACUCUAAUAAAGAGUCUUGGAGUAAGUCUCAUCUUGAAGAAAAGAGGUGAUUUAGUAUUACAUUUCCAUAUUUUGUGUUAUGUAAAGCAGGAACCGCCCAAGCGAGAAUCUCCUGCACCAGGCACUGUUACUUCAAAAGUAUAUAGCCGGUGAAAUCCUCAUUGUGAACAUGCAAAAUACAGUCAACUUUCGCUACCACGGAUAUCCUCAGAACUGGGAUUGUCUGUAAUGGUUUAUGUAUGGGAGAUCCCGUCAUUUCUUGGUAUCUCAGUCUUAUCGGAUAUCGCACCUCCGUCCGUAAUAUCGACGUGUCCGUAACAGAGGGGUGUCUAUAAUAAGGUGUCCGUAACAAUAGGGUGUCCGUAAUAACGACGUGUCCGUAACAGAGUGGUAUCUGUAAUAAAAUGGUUUCCAUAACAGAGGGGGUAUCUGUAACGAGGUGUCCGUAACAGCGGGGUGUCCGUAAGCCGAGAGCUGACUGUAUAAAAGAUUGCUCAUAUGUAAUUAAUGCAUUACAUAAUUUUCAAGGAACAUCGCCUUGAUUCAAGAUAUCGUUUCCAAAUACAAAAUGUAAAAACUUAAGGCCCGUAAAUGCUCCUAUAACUCUCCUAUGAUUGGGAGGCCAGCUUUAUAGCCAAAUUCGUUGUUGCGCGACCUCACAGAAUCAAAAAUUCCUUUCUUCGUUUGGGAGCUCGUAGUCAAUCAAACAAAACAAUCAAAACCAGACAAAACCACCCCAAAGCUUGUGUCUGGCUACGCGGCCAUUCCCAAACGAGACAAGGAUUUUGGAUAUUCUCCGAGGUCGCGCAACAACGAAUUUUGCUGUAAUGCGAUAAUACCAUGUAUUAUAAGGGUUGCGUAUGCAAAAAAUAAAAACUCAAUGCAGUAUAUCUA